AUGAAAUCAUUAGGAGUAGCAUACUUAUUGUGGUUCUUCUUUGGCUUUUUUGGUGUUCACCGUUUCUAUCUUAACAAGCCUUGCACCGGUGUCAUCUACCUGUUUACUUUGGGUAUCUUUGGUAUUGGAUGGUUGGUUGACAUCUGUUUGAUUCCAGGCAUGGUGGAGCAUGAGAACAACAAGGGAGGAGCUGUGCACACCAACACUGUCGUUGUAGUUCAGGGCUCUCCUGUUGUUGCCCAACCAGUUGUCGUCGGACAACCACAUGUUGUCGUCGCUCACCCAUACCCUGGACAGCCACAACCAUACCCCGGACAGCCUCAACCAUACCCUGGACAGCCACAACCAUAUCCAGGUCAGCCACAGCCAUAUCCAGGACAGCCACAACCAUACCCUGGACAACCACAGCAAUACCCUGGACAGCCACAACCAUACCCUGAGCAACAAUAUCCAGGUCAGCCACAACAACCAUACCCAGGACAGCCACAACAACCAUACCCUGGACAACCACAACCAUACCCCGAGCAGCAAUACCCUGGACAGCACCCUGGAUACCCAACUGCUCCUCCCCAGUAG